AUGAUCGACUUCACCUUGGACGAGGCCAUCGCGGUCUUCGAUACGCAGACCACCAUUGUAUUCCUCAUCACGCUCUGCAGCUUCUUCAUCCCUGUUUUCGGAUCUGGCCUGCAGUAUGAUAGGCUCUACACCUUUGCGAGGUUGAAGGAUGCCUCUGCCGCCGCCACUGGGGCUGGCUCAAGUGACGGGGCCAAGGAAGGCGAGGGAGGCGAGGAUUCUGGGCCGGUCUGGGACUUUGUCACGCAAAGACAGUUCCCUCGCCUAGCUAAAGUUGGCGUUGACAUCUGGUGCCCUGACGCUGCCCGGCUUCCUCGGCAUCUCAGGGUGUGGAGGGAGGUCAUGACGGCUUUGAAUAUGGAGGAAGAGCUUCCACGUGAUCUUGCCGAAUAUCUCGGCAUCAACGAGAGACUGGGCAUCUUCAGAACGAGUCCCAUGAUGUCACGGGAAGUUCACCGGAAUGCGCCUAAUGCGGAUGAGGCCGGGUAUCAACCUACGGUAAGAUUCCAAGACUCCUACCCUGUUCAUCUCAUGAACAUUGCAAGUGUCGAAGAUAUGGCGACCAAGAUCGAAGACCCUACCCUCAAGGACCUCAGCGUUCGCAGGUUUAGGGCCAAUGUCGUCAUUACCGGUCCUCCUGCCUACGAUGAAGAUCACUGGAAGACUUUCCGUCUCAAGCAGGGCACGGCGUCCGUUCACUCGGACUGCACGUACCAUGUCUCGUGCCGAACCUCACGAUGCAAACUACCUAAUGUGGACCCUGCUACCGCUAUCCCUCACCCCGUAGAGCCGGACCGCUACCUUCGAAAGCACCGCAACAUUGACGACGGCUGCCCCAAGAAUGGCUGCCUCGGCAUGAUGCUCACCCCCUCUUCUCCGACCAAAGCAGGCGCGUGGCUCUGGAGUCGUGGCUCGAGCGAGACUGGGAAGGACAGAUCAUAA